UCACAUUCCACUUCGCUGUUCGUGGAGAAGACACAUUUUCAAGAUGGAAGUUAAUGACAAGCGAGUGUACGGUGUGCUUAUGGGUUUGCUUGGUUUACUAACCAUCACCGGCUACAGUUUGCUUUUCGUAAUCUUUGCUAAGCGUCCCGAUCUGAAAAAGAAGAACAAAUUUCUGCUCUCUCUUGCAACCAGCGACCUCCUGAUCACCGUACAUGUGUUUGCAUCCACCAUAGCUGCGUUCGCACCACAAUGGCCGUUCGGUGACUUGGGGUGUCAGGUCGAUGCUUUCAUAGGAAUGGCCCCAACCUUCAUCAGCAUCGCGGGGGCAGCUCUCAUUGCCAAGGACAAAUAUUACAGAUUCUGCAAACCAAAAAUGGUCGGUAGGAACUACUCGUUUCACGUCUAUUUAACAUGGACCAUGGGUAUCAUAGGAGGGGCUCUCCCUUUUAUCGGUUUCGGGCGAUAUGGAUUCGAAACUGAUGACGUCACAUGGCGAACUGGGUGUCUGUUGGACUUUAAAUCUAUAUCGGCUAAAUAUAGUUUCUAUAUCAUACUGAUCUCAACCGUCUGGUUCGUUUGGCCGGUUUACAAACUCGUGUCCAGCUACAUGAAAAUAUCAACGAAAAUCAACAAAUUUUACCCGCUUCUUUUUGUGGUCCCCGUUCAAAUGGCAAUUGGUUUGCUCCCUUACGCCAUCUAUGCGAUGGUAUCGAUCACAAUUGGUGUUUCAGCUGUCCCAUAUUUCUGUGUCGUCAUCAACAACCUUGCUGCAAAAGUAUUUGUCGGGUCGAACCCAUUCAUUUACAUUUAUUUCGACCCCGAACUUCGUGAAAGCUGCAAGCAAAUAUUUUGCAGCCCACCAGCGCCAACUAACGACAAAAUAUCCGAAGAUUCAAAAGAUGAAUAAUAUUUCUAUAGAAUGCAUAUCUUGUACAUAGGUGUGUUAUCAUGAACGUAUCCGCUGUUUAAAAUAACUCUCCAGUUUUUAAUGUCCAACUAGAAAGAUUUGCAAAGUUCCAUGAUAGACCCCUAAUAUUCGCGUUAAAUUUAACUUCGAAAUAACCUGUAAAAAGUGGUAUUUCUCAAACCAGAGAUAUUAUGUUUUAUCUAUGGUCCAUCUCACCCUUGUAAAGUAAACUGUGCUACAUUGUAAACGCGCUAAAAUAUUUGUAAAUGCUUUAGAUUUAGCUCGUUGUAAAAUUUGAGGAAAUUAUUAAAACAAAUCUGGAGAAA